GGUCAGAUGAUGAAGUGUUGAUGAUAAAGGAGAAAGCUUUGAAAGACUCGACACCGGUAUCGUAUCGUAUCGUAUGUAGUGUUCUGUUUUCAGUUUUCUUUUUUUUUCUGUCUCUCCCUCAAGGUCUCGUUAGUAGCGCGUUCAACGUGAUUCUCUGGGUGUUUCUGUUGGUUAUUUUUUUUUCUCGCAUUACUGUAUAUCGCAUUCAAUUGCAUCAUAGUUCUGGAUUACUAAUAGUAUAAUUCCUAUGUAUCUUUAUUUUGUAUUCACCCAUGUUAUCUUCUUACCUACGAGGUUUUCAUAGAAGUGUUGGGAUAUUUGAAUCGUUUAGACACGGGGGCAGAGUAUUGGAGAAUUAAUUCAGGAUGGUGGACGUGAAGCAGUCCAGUCUAUAAAUUAUAUAAAGUGUAUUAAAGGAUGGGGUGAAGUCUGGUGAAGUGAGCAGAGUACCAUUAAUUACGGGCAGGAUAUCCAAAGGUCUUUUUGGAUCCAGAAAAACUAGCAAGAUCCGACGUCGACAUAGAAAUGGUUUGGAUCGACAUCUAUGGUAGCUCCUAAUUAUAUCAUCACCAAGGCUUCACUUGGGGCUUUUAUUUGCACCGCGAACACGGACUGGCGUGAUCCUCGACUUUCGCCAGUCCACGGUAGUUGUAGUUACAGAAAAAGACAU